UCUGCGCAGACACCGAUGCCGGUGCCAGAGCCCAUGCCCGAAAGCCCGUACCGGCCCAACUACAAGCCGACACUCAUGCUGAGCGGACACUCGCGCUCCAUCGCGUCGAUCAAGUUCAGCCCGGACGGGAAGAUGCUCGCGUCCUGUGCUGCGGAUAAACUCAUCAAGCUCUGGGACGCGGACACGGGCGACAUCAUCCACACGUUUGAGGGCCACACCGAAGGCGUGUCGGACAUAGCCUGGGCGGGCAAUGGGGACUUCCUCGCGUCGGCUUCGGACGACAAGACCGUACGGCUAUGGAGCAUGGAAUCAUUUGAGUCGGUGCGAAUAUUGCAAGGUCACACGAACUUCGUGUUUUGUGUAAAUUUCAGCCCGUCGUCGUCCAUGCUCGCGUCGGGCGGGUUUGACGAGUCGGUCAGAGUAUGGGACGUCGCGCGAGGCAAGACACUGAAGACGCUACCUGCGCAUUCCGACCCAGUCACCGCGGUCGCUUUCAACCACGAUGGAACCCUCAUUGGGUCCUGCGCUAUGGACGGGUUAAUUCGAAUAUGGGACACCGAAUCCGGGCAAUGUCUAAAGACCCUCGCAGAUGACGACAAUCCCAUCUGCUCACAUAUUAAAUUCACGCCGAAUUCGAGGUUCAUCCUUGCAAGCACGCAGGAUUCCACCAUCCGGCUGUGGAACACGCAAACCUCGAAAUGUGUGAAGACGUACGCAGGACACACAAAUCGGACAUUCUGCAUAUUCGCGGACUUCGCCCCAGGACGGAAGCAUAUCGUGAGCGGAAGCGAAGACAUGAAGGUGUACUUUUGGGACUUGCAAACACGGGAGAUAGUUCAAGUCCUGGACGGGCAUCGAGAUGUUGUCAUUGCCGUUGCUUCGCACCCUACUCGGCGUCUCAUAGCCUCUGCCGCUAUGGAAAAGGACCUGACCAUUCGAUUAUGGGCUGACGAACCGACCGAUGGCGUAUAGCCUAUCGCGCCCGCAUUGUGGGCUUCUAUGCGCUGUUCUAGCGAGGUCUGGCGCAGUGUUCUACCAUACCGGCGGGUAAACUUGGCUCUGUCGAAGCCGGCCUAAUUUGGGGACGCUACUGUUCCCGAAGCCGCUAGCCCCGAAGACACAGC